CUCCUCGUCGUCGCCGCCAUCUCGUGCCAUUGCCAUGUGGCGCGUGGGCGGGGCGGCCUCGGCGUCAACUACGGCACGGUCGCCGACGACCUCCCCUCGGCGGCGCGCUCCGUCGAGCUCCUCCGCGCGGCGGGCGCGGGGUCGGUGAAGAUCUACGACGCGAACGCGGACAUCCUGCGCGCGCUCGCCGGGACGGGCAUGCCGGUGUCCGUGAUGGUGCCGAACGAGGCCAUCCCGUCGCUCGCUGCGUCCCCGGCCGCGGCGGAUGAGUGGGUGGCCGGUAACCUCGCGCCGCACUUGCCGGCGACGUGGGUGGUGUGCCUGCUCGUUGGCAACGAGGUGCUGUCCAACCGCGCCGUCGCCGGGUCGGCGUGGCCUGGCCUCGUGCCGGCGAUGGCAAACCUCCGCCGCGCGCUCUGCGCGCGGGGGCUCGGCCGGGUCAAGGUCGGGACGACGCUCGCGAUGGACGCGCUCGCGUCCUCCUACCCGCCGUCCGCCGGCGCGUUCCGAGACGACAUCGCCGGCACCGUCGUGCGGCCGCUGCUCCAGUUCCUGAACGCCACCGGCUCGUACUACUUCGUCGACGCCUACCCGUACUUCGCCUGGGCGGCGAGCCACAGCUCCAUCUCGCUCGACUACGCGCUGUUCCAGGGCGCGCCGACCACUCACUACGUCGACCGGGGGCUCACAUACACCAACCUGCUCGACCAAAUGCUCGACGCGGUCGUCGCCGCCAUGGCGAAGCUCGGGUACGGGAACGUGAAGCUGGCCAUCUCAGAGACCGAGUGGCCAACCGCCGGAGACGCAGACGAGCUCGGCGCAAACGUCCACAACGCCGCCACCUACAACCGCAACCUCGCCGCGCGGAUGUCCAAGAACCCCGGCACGCCAUCCCGGCCGGGCGCCGAGAUGCCGGUGUUCCUCUUCUCGCUCUACAACGAGAACCACAAGCCGGGGCCGAGCACCGAGCGGCACUGGGGCCUCUACUACCCGAACGGCACGUCGGCCUACGAGGUGGACCUCACCGGACGGCGGCCUUUAGCGUCGUACCCGCCGCUGCCGCCCGCGUCGGGCUCGGACCAGGACGGCGCGCCCGUGUGGUGCGUUCUUGCCGGCGGCGGUGGCAAGGCCGUGAACGAGACGGCAGUGGCCGCCGCCGUGGAGUACGCGUGCCGGCAGGGGAGCGGGACGUGCGCCGCCAUCCAGGCCGGCGGCGAGUGCAACCAGCCGGACUCGCUCGACGCGCACGCGAGCUACGCGUUCAAUGCGUACUGGCAGCAGUUCAGGAAGGCUGGUGGCACCUGCUACUUCGAUGGCCUUGCAGAGAAGACCACCAAAGAUCCAAGCCAUGGAACAUGCAGGUUCAUCAGUUCUUUGGACUAGCUAGAUGCAAAAGGAGAUUGACAGAGCUCAAUGACUGGACUAG